AUGACCAAUGAAACUGAACCAAAACAACGCGAAUGUCAAAAGCUGUUUGUUUGUAUGAUGUCUUUCUCUCCAAUUAUAAUUAUGGCCAUUUGCUUUGCCGUUUGGAGACCCAUUUUAGUACCGUUUCCUCUCAAAGUUGUGAAGAUGCUUGCUCUACAUAUUAGUGAUGAUAAUCAGAGGCGUUUGGACAACGAACUGCUGCUUUUAGAAACGGAAUGGAAAUUGUAUCAAAUGGAGAAACAAUUUGGCCAACAGCGGUGUAACAAGAAUGAAGACAGGUCAAGAAAAGAUGUUUCGUGGCUAACUGUCAUGGUCAGUGAUGACUUUGUGGUUCCGGCUUUGGUUCUUGGUCACUCAAUUCAGACAUUUUCUUGUUACAAGACUAUGAUUGCGCUUAUAUCAGGAAAUGUGAGUAAAGAUACACAAAAGGCGCUUCAGAACGUCGGCUGGGAAACUCGUUUGGUAGAAGAAAUGGAUUGCAACUGGAUGGAUGCUAAAGUUGGUGGAGAUCGAAAUAGCGGACUUUUUGGAAGACCUCGAGGACACAGAAUUAAGGGAACUCACACAAGAUUUUACGCGUGGAACUACACAGAGUUUACUAAAAUUAUUUACGUUGACGCUGAUUACAUAUUGCUGACCAAUAUUGAUGAACUGUUUCAAAUCCCGGAACAUUUUGCCGCCGUCCCUUGCUCCAGACCUGGUGUCGUGGACCUUUGUUUCAAUGCAGGCCUUCUGGUGAUCAAGCCAGAUUUUAAAACCUACCAAAGAAUCAUGAACCUUUGGCGGGAAACAACAGAAAAAGACACCUGCCCAAAUGAUCAGGUCUUGCUCAAUGAUUUUUAUACACCCGGUGGCUGGAAAGCAAUUCCCUACGCUUAUAAUAUUAGGCGAUUUGUCUUUAGACCUUUGAAAUCAUUCCACUACGCCUGCUGCCGCCCUCAAAAGCCAUGGAUCGGAGAAUGUCGACCAAGUAGAAAAGAGGCCAAUGCGUUUGCCGGUCCAAUCAUAACUGUCGAUGAUAUGGCGUUAGUAUUCUGGAAGAACUUGUAUGAGGUUCUACAAAAGUACGACUUAGAGGAUUGGUGGAGAUCUACAUCGUUCUUCAGGCCAACACAGGAGUUCCCAGUUGUUUCAAAUUACACUUGCCGGACUUAA